AGUUAUAUCUUUCUGCAAAAGAUCAUUUCCUAUUUCCGUAUCUAAGGGCGCAGAAGUUCAAACAUCUAGAUCUAAUAAAUCUAAUUUAUAUUCGGUAGUGUUAAUGUGAUGGGCGUACAUAACAUUAAUUAUUAUAAUAAUUUCACCACACAUUCCUUGAUUAAAAAACUUUUUAAGAUCUAGUAAUAUAAAUGAUUAAGAACAGUAGCGUUCACUUUAAACAUUGAAUUAGUUAUAUAGGCCUAAUGAGAUCAGGUUCUGUAGAAUUUCUUUCGAUCAACUUCUCACUGUUACAUAGAAGUGCUAAUCACUCGUUAAAAUGGCUUUUGCUUUCUCAAAGAAGAUAUGGCUACAUAAGUAUCUCUUGCUUGUACCACCCAUUGUUUGCUCUUACCGUGCCAGAAGAUGCUUCAACCAGUCAAGCAAUACAAGCUUGGUACAUUCUAACAUCUCGGUGCUCAGCAAAGAUCUAGAAAAGGAAGGCGUUUCUAGCAGUUUAAUGGGCCUACUUGAAUCAGAACAUCUGUUUCAUAAAUACCCGGAGUCCAAGUUUCCAAAUGUUAUUCCCACUUCAUGGACAGAAAGCUUGCUUAACCUUCGGGAAAUAGUAACAUAUUCACUAAGUCAAUUAGAAACACUAAUUUUAAAUUCACGUAGUGACAUUUUCCCCAAAAGCUUGUUUUCGGUCAAGGCUGCCUCGUAUUUCUCACUUCAAAAAAAUUUCAUUGCAAACAUCGUCGAGAAGGCGGGGCCAGCAGUGGUGUUCAUUGAAAUCAAAGGAAGACACCCAGUGAGCGGGAAGAGAGUCACUAUCGCCAACGGCUCGGGAUUCAUCGUCAGGUCAAAUGGCCUGAUACUGACCAAUGCCCACGUGGUGGCCAACAAGUCCACAGUGAACGUCAAGCUGCACGAUGGCUUAAACUAUGAAGGCCAUGUCAUCACAUUGGACCCGGUGGCCGACCUGGCCACUGUGAAAAUAAACACAGAUAAAAAACUGACCACUAUACCGCUAGGUAAGUCCAACACCAUCAGACCUGGUGAGUUCGUGGCGGCCAUGGGUAGUCCGCUGUCUCUCCACAAGACGGCCACUAUUGGUAUUGUCAGCAGCUACCUGAGAGGGAGUAAGGAGUUAGGAAUGAGCAACUCUAACAUGGAGUACAUUCAGACAGACGCCACCAUCGGUCUUGGAAAUUCUGGAGGCCCCCUUGUCAAUUUGGACGGAAAGGCUAUUGGUAUAAACACAUUAAAACUCACAGAAGGAAUCUCCUUUGCCAUCCCCGCUGACUACGCGCUGCCUUUGUUGGAAAAAGCAGACAUUCUAAUUAGCAAAGCCGAUGCGGUCCAAAAGCCAAACUAUUUGCCCAACGGCAAGGACUCCACCAAGCGGAGAUACGUGGGCUUCACGAUGUUGCCCCUGACUGUGCCCAUCAUCAUGGAGCUAAAGGACAAGUACCACGAGUUUCCGGAAGUCAGCGAAGGUGUUCUCAUCCAUAAGGUCGUGGUCAGCUCUCCGGCAUACUCGGCCGGUCUGCAUGCAGGGGACAUAAUCAUCAAUAUCAACGGGAAAAAAGUGGCCAGCUCAGCUGACGUGUACAGCAUUUUAGAGAAGUCUGACACCCUUGAUGUCACUGUAUUCCGAGGCAAACACAAGCAGAGCUACACGGUCAACACGGAAUCUAUUUGAUGACGCCAUCUUGUUUUCAGCGCAUCCUCGUCCCAUGAAUAUACAACCGAUGAGAACAUGUGAAGUAGAAUAGCAUCAAUAAAGUGUAGUAUAAAUAUA